GUCCCGUAUCAAAUGUAUGGGAAAGUCCCAUCAAAUCGUUAUAGCAAAUCGUUCCCGGAAAUCAGGAAAUCAGAAACCAGAAAUCAUCAUCCCGAAUAUUCAGUUAUUUUGUUGAUGGUUGUAUUGGAGAAUCAAUUUGACCCGACCAUUAUGUAAUGAACAUUUAAAAGCUUGGAAAAUAUGGAGAAAAAUCAUAUACAGAUUUUUGUGAAAGGACUCGAUGAUCGAACUCUAACAUUCAUGAUCCACAAGCACCAGAGUCUCUAACAUCCUACUGCCGUAGUCUUUUGGAUACUGGUAAAAGUCGUUUUUUGUGUCCGUACUUAAGUCCUGAUGAGCCACCCGUCUACUGUGGUAAAGAAUGGGACUACAUUACUGUACGUCGUCUUGCCGUCCUCACUAGCGACGAAAAGAAGGAGUUUGAGUCCAAGAUAUCCGAGAACUUCUUGAUGAAAAGCGCUGGUAUCCAAGAAUGUCCGAGGUGCAUGUCGAUGGCAGAGCGACCAGAAAAGAAAGUCCGUGUCGUUUGUCCACUUUGCACCUUGAGGAGAGGAACAAACUUUGAAUUUUGCUGGAAUUGUCUGCGUGAAUGGAAGACUACAGGAACCAAAAAAUGUGGUAAUGAGGAUUGCUCUGGAGAAGAUCCUCGACUUAAGAUUCUGAGAGAAUGCAAAAAAAAGACAGUUAUUGGCGUGGAAAACUGUCCAGCGAUUCGUGCUUGCGUAAAGUGUGGUAUGUUGAUUGAACAUAUCAAAAAUUGCAAACAAAUGAUCUGCCGAUGCAAAGCAGAGUUCUGCUUUAUCUGUCUGUCAACUAAAACAAAAAAAGGCUGGUCUUGUGGGAGUUACAACCAGGCCUGUAAAAUCGCUCCAAUACAGACAUCAGUAGUCGGAGCAGAAUAGUCUAAUUACCAGAGGGUCAUGGAGAAGUCCAAAGUACGAUCUCCGACGGUCUGUCAAUCAAUUAAGCUACACAUGAAACGGAAUUCCAAAUGCUUUUUUUAACAUUACGUCACUAAGGCCCCGUCCACACGUCCACACGCAACCCGUAUCCGCAAAAAAAAAUUGCGGAUACAAAAAUUUGCGGAUACGUGUGGACGGGGCCUAACACGGCUGCCGCACGACGCACUAAGUUUCACUAACACGUGAAAAUUGCUCUAAUUAUAUAUUUUGUUCGCUGUUGAUGAUGCCUUGAUUUACAUCAUCGUUGUUACUGAUUAUUGCCGUCGUUAUUGUAAUCAAGGAUGAUAAUUUCGCUUUAUAAUGAAGAAAUGAAACACGCCAGCCGUGUUUUCACACGCUAAUGAAACACGAAUUCGAGAGCAGAUCAGUCCAAACACAAACAACACGCAGAGGAGUGUUUGGACCUGCACGAGAAUUCUCCCAAACAUACCGAGUGUUUCAUUGGCGUGUGAAAACACGGAUAUGGCGCGUUUCAUUUCAUUUAUAAAACUAGACCCUUGUUCCAAGAAUACACUCGUGCCCUGUGGGCGUGGCUUGUGUUGGGGGCUGCAGAGGGGUUAAGGCCAUAGAAGUGUUUGAGAGAAAAAUCACUCAAAUAUAAAACGAGUGAACACUGAAACAAGGAAAUGAACGGAGUGAAGGCACUAGAUCACUAGAGUGCAUACAAUAUGACCGUGAAACUUUAGUAAUACUUAAUAGCACAAUUUCAUGCAAAUUCCAUUGUUUUCUAUUGUUUAAUUAGCACUAUUUUGUACUAUUUAGUAAUUAGUGUUUCACGGAUUAAUUUUUUGCACUCUAGUGCGAGCACUCUAACAUGUGGGAUACAGUAGAGUACAAACACUAUAAGUGUGUAACAUAAAUACCACUAAAUACUGCUAAAUUAUGCUAUAAUCCUAUUGUUUUCUAAUGUUUAAUUAGCGCUAUUUACCACUUUAUAGUACACUCAACAAAAUUACUCGACUCUGAUUGGUCGAGAGGAGUACAAUUAUAGCGUUAAUAGAAAGCCGUAAAAACUAAUAAGAACUAAUAUUUUUUAUGCACUCAGUUGCGCGA